UCAGUCAGCAGCGGGGGUGUAAAUAUAAACAAAAAUAUUUACUGCGAUUCAAAUUGUUUUUGCUUCGUAAAAUGUAACGCUUUUUCACUGGAAAUAGAAUCGAUUAAUUAUCCAAAAAGAGAAUAAAAUAUCGCGUUCAAACUAGUGGCGAUGGCUCGCAAAUCGUUUGCCCCGAACACUCAACCGAUGUACGUGUUGGAGGAAUCGUUCUAUCCCGAAUCCUGGCGCGAUGACUCACGGAUGGGCGUUUUGCUGUCCGAGUUCCGCACCCGAGCGGUCAACCCGGAAAACUACGACUCCAAAAUGAGAUUCUGGAAGGAACUGAUCGUGCGGUAUAGUGAAUAUAAAGGAUCCGGCUCGGUGUCCAUUAGUGAGCUGAAACGGGUAUUCCGAAGGAAGGGCACGAGUCCCUACUGUUUGAAGUUAGUGUUCGAGGACAUGAUGAAGGAUGGCCAACUGCAGGCGAAGAAUGAGUUCUUCCGAGCCCCGCAGGAAAGCUGGGGAGGUUGGGCGAUGGAUGUGCUGGUGAAGCGGCCUCUGGGGUGGGGCUUCGGUGUGGUGAAAGACCGGAUAGUGGGAAGUGAACUGGAUGAGAGUGCGGAAUUCGUUUGUACGGACGUCAUUAGGAGCCAAUCCGAGAUGUUGGAGAAGCUGAUACUGAACGAGAAUAAAAUAAAUGUGCUCCUGUCAAAAAACGCUCUCUUAGAACUAGUCAAAGAUCUGAACAUCAAGUCCGAUGGAUUGGAUUUGGUGCUGCAUCACUUAUAUUGUCGGCAAAGACUCGUUAUCGAAAAACUACCAUCCAAAAUCGAGCACGAAAAAACAAUCCUCCUAAAAUUCGCAGCCCCCGGAGCUCAAGCCCAAGCCAUAACGGACAUCGAGCGGUCGAUCUACAAUCUGGAACAAACCGAGCACGACCUGAUGAAGGUGAUCGACAAGCUGGAGCAGAACAUCGUCGACUCGAUGGCGGUGGUAAAGGAAAACCUCCGCGAGGGAAAGAAACAGCUGGCCAAGUCCAACCUGCGCAAGAAGCACAUGCUGGAGAAAAACCUGGAGAAGAAGAUGAACGUGCUGGACAACGUUCAGAGCAUGAUGGCGCGAAUUCACGACUCCCAGAGCGAUCGUCACGUGAUCGAUGCGUACAAGAUCGGCUCGAGUGCGCUGAAGAAGGCCUUCGCCGAGACCGGAAUUACGCUGGACAGUGUGGACGAUACGUUGGCGGAAAUGAAGGAGAUCAUGGAGCAACAGGACGAAAUGCAGACAAUGAUCGGCGCUCCACAGAACGCCGACGUCGACGAUCUGGAACUGGAGCAGGAACUGUCCGAUUUGCUCGAUAUGAAUCUGGCGGCCAACCAUGUAGCGGUCGCACCCACACCGGCUGCCCCAAGUCUUCCUACUGUGCCCGGCGCAGGACCACCAUCAGGUGGCCAACCGACUAUGGCGCAGUUGAACGACUUCGACAGGGAAAUCGAGAAGCGGUUGGCUGCCCUGAGGACGGAUGCUCCCUCACCCCCGUCGGACACGUCGAUUCUUGGUGGAACGUCUACUCAAUCACCGACCAGCAAUUUGCCUUCUACGCCGGCUUAAUAUUUCAAUAUGCGCGUCACUAGGAUUGUUUUAUCGUUGUUGAUUGUAAUUGCAAGUUUUGAUUAACACUUUUUAAGAUAAUAUACAAAUAGCUACUUACUUACUUGAUGGGCAACAA